CAUGCGCAGAUCCCUUUUCAGCUUUUUGCACGGUUAGCUUCAUGGUGUAGCGUCUCGCUGUGAGAGGAAACAAUGGCGACUGCUGGAACUGCGGCGACUGCGGCGGGCGGCACGGGCUCGGGUGGAUCAGCGGCCGCUCAGGCGGGGCCUGGUGCUUCGGUGGGCCGGAAAAAGGAUGGAGGGCCGUCGGCUAAGUUUUGGGAGAGUUCUGAAACGGUUUCUCAGCUCGAGACGGUUCGUCUGUGGACCGGGAAACACUACAAAAAGUAUGUCCAGACCGACUCUCCAUCUUGUAAAUCAUUGGCGGGGCUGGUGGUUCAACUUCUUCAGUUUCAGGAGGAUGCGUUUGGACGCAGAGUGAGCAAUCCAGCCCUCACUAAACUGCCCGCAAAAAGUUUCUUGGACUUUAAAGCAGGUGGAGCUCUGUGUCACAUCCUGGGAUCUGCUUACAAGUUUAAAAGUGAACAGGGAUGGCGACGGUUCGAUCUGCAGAAUCCAUCCAGGAUGGACAGAAAUGUGGAGAUGUUCAUGAAUAUUGAGAAGACUCUUGCACAGAAUAACUGUCUGACUCGACCGAACGUGUACAUUGCGUCCGAUGUGGACCAAAAACAGGCCAGCAAACUGAAAGACAUCAUCAAGAGACAUCAGGGCUCCAUCACAGAGGAUAAAUCCAAAGCCACACACAUUAUCUGUCCAUCUCCAGCUCAGACGGAGGAAGAGGAGUGGCUGCGUCCUGUCAUGCGCAAAGACAAACAGGUGCUGGUUCACUGGGGGAAUUAUCCAGACAGUUAUGAUACCUGGGUUUCCACAAGCGAUGUAGACGGUGAAGUCGAGGAUCCUCCGAGCUCAGAGAAACCAUGGAGGGUGCAUGUAAAGUGGGUCCUGGACACGGACGCCUUUAACGAGUGGAUGAAUGAGGUGGAUUAUGAAGUAGAUGAGAACAGGAAGCUGGUGAACGUCCGCCAGCGCAUCUUCCUUAAAGAGGAGGAGUCUUCCCGUACACCUGAUCGUAAGGAGCGAAAGUCUCUGGCUGGAGGGAAGAAGAGGCGACGUUCCCCGUCCCCCCCGAGCACCCCUGCAGAGUCCCGCAAGAAGGGCAGCAAGAAAGGGAACACUGGGCCACACUGGAAGCGCAGAGGUCAUCGUGAUGAUGAUGAACAGGAUGAAGAUCUCACCAAGGACAUGGAGGAUCCAUCUCCUGUUCCAGGAAUGGAGGAGGUUUCGCUGCCUAAAAAUGUUAAUCAGAAGAAGGACAGUGAGAAUGCACCAGUGAAAGGAGGAACCAUGGCAGAUUUAGAUGAGCAGGAAGAUGGCUCUGUGGGCUCUGGGGGGAAGGACGAUGAUGAACAAGGCAGAAUUGAAGUAAAUCGUCUCAUGGACUCUAGCGAGGAUAACGUGACUGAGCAAACACAUCACAUCAUCAUUCCCAGCUACUCCGCCUGGUUUGACUACAACUCGAUUCAUGAGAUAGAGAGACGAGCCUUACCAGAGUUCUUCAACGGGAAAAACAAGUCUAAAUCCCCAGAGAUAUAUCUGGCGUAUCGUAACUUCAUGAUCGAUACGUACCGGCUGAACCCUCAGGAAUACCUCACGUCCACCUCCUGCAGACGCAACCUCACUGGAGACGUGUGUGCUGUCAUGAGGGUGCAUGCCUUUCUGGAGCAGUGGGGUCUCAUUAACUAUCAGGUGGAUGCAGACAGCAGGCCGAUGCCGAUGGGUCCUCCACCCACACCACACUUUAAUGUCCUGGCUGAUACCCCAUCAGGGCUCGUUCCUCUACACCAUCGCCCCCCACAGGUUCCCUCAGCUCAGCAGAUGCUCAACUUCCCAGAGAAAAGCAAAGAAAAACCAACAGACCUUCAGAAUUUUGGCCUCAGGACAGAUAUGUACUCCAAGAAGAAUCCUAAGAGUAAAGGAGGAAGUGGAACACGAGAAUGGACUGAGCAAGAAACUCUUCUGCUGUUAGAGGCCCUGGAGAUGUACAAGGACGAUUGGAACAAGGUUUCCGAGCACGUUGGGAGUCGGACACAAGACGAGUGCAUCCUUCACUUCCUGCGUCUGCCCAUCGAGGACCCGUACCUAGAGAGUUCAGAGGCUUCUCUUGGACCACUCGCCUAUCAGCCCGUCCCUUUCAGCCAAUCAGGAAAUCCUGUCAUGAGCACUGUGGCCUUUCUUGCGUCCGUGGUGGACCCCAGAGUGGCUGCGGCUGCUGCUAAGGCUGCUCUUGAGGAGUUCUCCCGUGUGAGAGAGGAAGUCCCAGCUGAGCUGGUUGAGGCUCAUGUAAAGAAAGUGCAGGAAGCAGCGAAGAGCACAGGGAAAGUUGACCCCUCCUAUGGCCUGGAGAGUAGCGGCAUUGCAGGAACAGCACCAGAGGAACUGGAGAAAACUGAAACCACGGAAACGGAGAAGAUGGAAACUGAUUCAGAGUCUCAGCAGGGAGAGAAGACCGAGUCCAAGGACGAAACUGAGAAAGUGAGUGAAGCAGCAGAGAAACCAGCAGAGGGAGAGAAAGUGAAGAGCGAGACUGCAGAGAAACCUGAGGGUGAGGAAGACGAGAGCGAUGGACCAGAGACGAAGGAAGCGAGUGCUGCAGAUGAGAAAGAAAAGGAGGAGGGUAUGGAGGUGAUGGAGGGAGGGAAGGAGGGAGAGGAAAUGACAACAGAGGAGGGCAAGAAGAAGCUGGAGCUUGAUAUCGGAGAGGGAAACAUCGCCACUGCUGCAGCUGCUGCUCUCGCCUCUGCUGCCACCAAGGCUAAGCACUUGGCAGCGGUGGAAGAGAGAAAGAUCAAGUCUCUGGUGGCUCUGCUGGUGGAGACACAGAUGAAGAAGUUAGAGAUUAAACUGCGUCACUUUGAGGAGUUGGAGACUAUCAUGGAUCGAGAGAAAGAGGCGCUGGAGUUGCAGAGGCAGCAGUUGCUGACUGAAAGACAGGCGUUCCACAUGGAGCAGCUUAAGUAUGCAGAGAUGAAAGCACGUCAGCAAAUGGAGCAACAGGCGGCGGCGGCGGCUGCAGCUCAGCACGGGCAGCUAGCACCGCCCUCACAUCUUGGAGCCCCUGCGCAAGGACACGGUGCUCCUCUUCCUCAUGGUGUACCACCACCAUCUCAAAUACCACCAUCAGGUAUGAACCCUGGGCCUGGAUUUCCCACAAUGCCCCACCUCAUGGGACCCCACCAUCCCCCACAGACAGGGCCGAUGGCUGGACCAGGGCAGCCCAUGCCUGGCCGUAUGAUGCCUGGUGCGCCCCCUGUGGCAAUGCCUGGAGCUCCACCAGGUGUGAUGCCUCCUAUGAUGGGCUCCAGACACCCCGGAGCUCUAAACGGCAUGUACCCUGGUCCUCCUGCUCCUCCUCCUCCUUCGUCUUCUACUGCACAGCCUGAUGGGAUACCGCCAGCUCCAGCAACCUCACUUCCUGUGCGCUCAUCUGAAAACUAACCCACACACAUACAUAUCUCUCUGUAUUUUAACGCAGCUCCUGACAUCUCCUCUAACACGUUUAUGGACCACACACACACACACACACACACACUCUCCCUUAUCUUAACUGGCUGUAAAUGGUGUGACCUUGUGCUACUGAUACACACUUGACACUGUUAACUCAGAGCUGGUAAACAGCUCCUGUGUGUGUGUGUGUGUGUGUGUGUGUGUGUGUGUGUGUGGCAGUCAAGCUGAGCUUCUUUUCUUCCUAAUCUCUUAAAAUCUACCUCUCUGCUGGAGUGUGUGUUUUAUGACGUGCUGUGGCUUGUAACACAAUAGAGAUUAAUAUAAGACACACUUUCUCUUAACACACGUGCACACACAAACUGAGUCCUAGAGGGGUGUGUGGGUGUGUGUGGGGGGGGGGUGUGUGUGUGUGUGUUUGGCCUCUAGAGCUCCUGAGCUCCUAAAAUACUUCUGCUUUACUCUACCUCUGUUUCUACUACCUCUCCCUCCCUCUCUCUUUCCCUCCCUCUCUAUCUCUUGUUGUUCCUAUUAUCUAUUUAUUUCUUUUCUUUCUUUGCUCUCAUCUGUUCAUCUUUCUCUUGUCUUUUCCUCUAUUUGUGCUUCAUUUGCUUUUUUCUCUCUGCCCAUGUGACUGCUGCGUUACUGCUGUGUGGAGGUUGGUUUUUAUCCUCCUUUUCCUCAGGUGAUCACAUUUCCCACACUACACCACAGCGUGCGUGUACACACACACACACACACACACACACACACACUUGUGUAGAGCUUCCACACUGUACUGUUCUGUGAGACAGGAGCUGUCUCUCUCUCUCUCUCUCUCUCUCUCUCUCUCUCAUUGCUUCAUGGCUGUGUAUGAGUUUAAGCUUGAUGUUGAUGAUGAUGUAUUUUUAAGAGAAUAAACUUUGUGUAGAUGCCUCUGUUCCUGGCACAUUGAGCUUUUUAACCUGUAAGAGGUACUGAAACCCUGAAAUAAACUGCUGUGGCCCUUUUUAUAUGCA